AUGGAUUACUCAAAUCAAAAUUACAUACUUGCUACAUUUAGUGCUGAUUUAGGAUUCUCUUCAACCCCUAAAACAUUACAAUGGAAAAUAGAUGCACAAGAUUAUAAAACUUUUGAUACGGUUUAUUUUAAUCCCAAUUUUGAAGGAGUUAAAAGAUAUGAAAAUCAAAGAUUUGAUAUCACAGAUCAAAGCAAAAGUUCACACACAUUAUAUUUGAGAAUUUGUGAAGGAACUGAAUGUUCAAAUGAAUUUCUAUUCACAGUAUCAAAGCCAAAUUCAAAACCAGAGAUUGUUUCAUUUGAAUUUACUCCUAAUACAUUCACAAAGAAUGGAAAUUCACAAAUGACAAUCACAGGUAAAGUUAAAGAUGUUGAUGGUGCAAACAGUGUUACAAUCAAAUACAACAUUAAAAACAGAGGAUAUCAAACUUUGACAACAGUAAAUGAUGUAACAUCAUCAGAUAAACAAUUUUCUGCAACAAUAAAUAUCCCAAAUGAUCUUCCUGAAGGAUCCACCUCUAUUUCAUUAAUUGCAAAUGAUGGAUAUCUUGAUAGUGAUCCAAAAUCAAAGAAUUUCCUUUUUAACUUUAACAAUCCAUCUCUUAAUAUGGAUAUGCAGGAUGGUCAAGUUUUCUCCAAAAACGAUGGACAAAGAAUUCGUAUCAAAGGUUCUUUAGGUGACAUAGAUGGAAGUGGAACUGUUACACUUAAGUAUCAAUUUGAUGGGAAAGAAAUUGUCACUCUAUCUCAAUAUGAAAUUAAAAGUACAGAUCCAAACGCAUAUCCAUUUGAUUUUAAUGUUGAUUUUCCACCAAAUUUUCCAGAAAGCAGCAAUCAACAAAUAACAAUCUGGGCAACAGAUGAGAAAAACAAAUCCUCAAGUCAAUAUUUCAAAACAUUCUCAUAUUUUUACAACAAUCCUGCAAUCAAAAUAACAACAACUCCUAAAUCAUCAUACAUUAAGAAUACAGAUGACAUCAUCAAAAUUGUCGGAACAGUUUCAGAUCGUGAUGGUAAUGAUAUCAUUGAUAUUUUCUACAAGUUUGACAAUGGUGAAUCAAUCAAAAAGUCACAAAUCAUUGUCACAAAUCAAGAUACUAAUUAUCCAUUCAAUUUCACAGUUCAAAUUCCUUCAUUAUUUUCAGUAACUCAACACAAUAUUUCUAUUAUGGCAGUUGAUUCUUAUCAAAAACAAUCAAAUAUAAGUUUUUCAUUUAAUUAUUACCACAACACUCCAAUUCUUACUAUAACAAAUCAGAAUGAUACAAAAUACAUAAAGAAUGUUGACACAUUUAUCACUAUCACAGGCAGUGUCAAAGAUGAUGAUGAAACAGGAACAGUUUAUGUUAAAUACAAGAUUGAUUCUAAAGGUGAAGAAAAACUUUUACAAUCAUUCCCAAUUACAACAAGAUCUUUUUAUAAUAUCAAUAAAAAUAUUAAUAUUCCUUCAGAUUUAAGUAAAGGAACACACACAAUUUUCAUUUGGGCUAUUGAUGACGAAGAAAAGAAAACAGAACAACAAUCAUUUACAUUCAAAUACAAUUACAAUGCACCAUCAAUAUCUAUAACAACAAAUGAAAGACAAACAAUAUACAAAGGUCCAAAUGAUAUUGUAUUUAAUAUUUGUGGUAGUGUCAUUGAUCUUGAUCAAAGUGGUUAUUUCUCCAUCUACUACAGAUUUGAUGAUUCAUCUCAAAUGCAAAUUUCAACUAAUUAUUCCAUUACAAUCCAACCAACACCAUUCAGUUUUAAUAUUAAUCUUGAUCGAACAAUUUUAGAAGGUGAACACAAAAUUGUUGUUUAUGCAAUUGAUGAAAGUGACAAGAAAUCAAAUGAAGUUCAAUUGAAUUUUACUUAUUUAUAUCAUUCACCUAUUGUUACAAUUGCAACACCAGAUAAUCAAGAGUUCAAGAAGACAUAUAAUAAAGCAUUUUAUAUUGAAGGAAAUUAUCAAGAUGAAGAUGGAAGUGGAGAAAUCACAAUUUACUAUCAAUUUGAUGGAAGAGAAAUUAAUAAAACAACCAAUACACUUGUUAUUUCAUCAACUGGAUAUCAACCAUUUACAUUAAUUAUUGAUUUUCCAGCGGAUUUCAGAGAAAGUAAGAAUCAAAACAGUAUCAUGAAAAGCAUAUACUGA